GCUCUCUUUGACACAGACCUGCGCCCCUUGGACAUCCUGGCAGAGGUGUACCCGUCCAGCGGCGCCCCAGGCAGGAUCAAGAUGGUGCAGGCGCAGGGCGUGCGGGGCCUCCAGCUGUCGGCGGCCGCGCCCCGCACAGCGAGCUUCCCGGCCUCGAGGAUUUUCUCCCGAUGUGACCUCUUCCCCGAGGAGUUUUCCAUCGUCGUGACCUUGAAGGCUCCCAGCCUUCCGCCCAAGAAGAACCAGUACCUGCUGGCGGUGGUGGCGGAGGACAGGGACGCCCUGCUGCUAGGCCUGCGCUACUCUCCCACUCGGCUGCACUUCCUGUUCCUCCGCGAGGAUGCGGCCGGAGCCUGGCAGACCCGCGUGUCGUUCCGCAGCCCCGGCCUCGCGGACAGCCGGUGGCACACGCUGGUGCUGGCCGUGUCUGAAGCCUCCUUCUCCCUCACCACGGACUGCGGCCUCCCGGUGCACAUAAUGGCUGAUGUGCCCUUCCCGGCCACCCUGUCCGUGCGAGGAGCGCGGUUCUUCAUCGGCAGUCGGAGGAGAGCCAAAGGCUUAUUCACAGGCCUGGUGCGGCAGCUGGCCCUGCUGCCAGGCUCGGACGCCACCUUGAGGCUGUGCCCCAGCAGGAACGCCGCCCAGCUGGCUGAGCUGGCCAUCCCCCAGGCCCUCCAGGGGCUCUCGGGGAAGCCGGAUGAUAACGAGGUGCUGAGAUAUCCCUACGAAGCUGACGUGAAGGUGACUCUGGGGUCCCGCCCGCCGUGUACCGAGGCAGAAGAUGCCCAGCUCUGGUUUGACGCCGCCCGGAGGGCACUGUACCUGUGCGAGGGCGGUGAGUGGGUCUCAGUGUUGCCAGCCAAAGUCAGGCUGGACUACGUGGAGGAGCAGCAGAGCCUGUUCACCAACUCAGAGACGCUGGGCCUCGAGGUGUUCAGCAUCCCCGGGGUGGGGCUCUUCAUGGCGACAGCCAACCGGAAGGCCACGUCCGCCAUCUACAAGUGGACGGAUGGGAAGUUCGUCUCCUACCAGAACAUCGCCACUCACCAGGCACAGUCCUGGCGACACUUCACCAUCGGGAAAAAGAUCUUCCUGGCUGUGGCUAACUUUGGACCAAAUGAAAAGGGCCAGGAGUUCUCAGUCAUUUACAAAUGGAGCCACAGGAAGCUGAAGUUCACUCCGUACCAGAGGAUUGCCACCCACAGCGCCCGGGACUGGGAGGCCUUCAAGGUGGACGGGGAGCACUUCCUGGCAGUGGCCAACCAUCGGGAAGGUGACAACCACAACAUCGACAGCGUCAUCUACAAGUGGAGCCCCAGCACCCAGAUCUUCGAGCCCAGCCAGACCAUUGCCACGUCGGGGGCCUACGACUGGGAGUUCUUCACGGUGGGGCCCUACUCCUUCCUAGUGGUGGCCAACACCUUCAACGGCACCUCCACCCGGGUGCACUCCCACCUGUACAUCUGGCUCGUCGGGUCCUUCCGGCUCUUCCAGUCCUUCCUGACGUUUGGUGCUGCAGACUGGGAAGUCUUCCGAAUUCGGGACAGGGUCUUCCUGGCUGUCGCCAACAGCCACAGCUAUGACGUGGGAAUGCAACUGCAAAAUGAUUCCUAUGUCAUCAAUUCGGUCAUCUACGAGCUCAACGUCACCGCACAGACCUUUGUCAAGUUUCAGGACAUCCCCACGUGCAGCGCCCUGGACUGGGAGUUCUUCUCGGUGGGGGAGGACUAUUUCCUGGUGGUUGCCAACUCCUUCGACGGAAACACCUUCUCAGUAAACAGUAUUAUUUACAGGUGGCAGGGCUACGAGGGUUUCGUGGUCGCUCACCGCCUCCCUACCUUCGGCUGCCGGGACUGGGAGGCCUUCAGCACCACAGCAGGCUCCUACCUCAUCUACUCCAGUGCCAAGGAGCCCCUCUCCAGGGUGCUGCGGCUGCGCACAGGCUGAGGGGCCUGGGCCACCAGACCCGGGUGGCUGGGUGGCAAGCAGCAUCCAGCCCCCAUCAUGGCCUGGCCGGGCGAGGUCGUCUGCCCUAUGCUGGUGGCCACAGAGCCCCGCCUGUGCCAGCAGCGAAGCAGCCUCACAGGACUGGUUUACGUCACGUUGUACCUCAGACUCGGGGCCCUGGCACAUCCAGGGCCACAGCCCCGUGACAGCCGCUCUGUGGUGCUGUGCAGAUGCUGCCUGCCGGCCGCCUAUUUACAUCUUCUGUCUGUGGAAAUAUAUUUAUAUUGCUCUCUACGCAA